AUGGCAGAGGGGACAGAGGUCAAGGGGACAGAGGGCUGAGAGGACAUCGGGCUGAGAGGACAGAGGGCUGGAGGAACAUAGGUGCUUAGAGGACAGAGGGCUGCAGAGGACAGAGGGGGGCAUAGGGCAGAGAGAGAGGGCCCUCUCUCUCUGCCCCUGCCCCCCCUCUGUCCUCCUCACCUCUGUGUCCUCACUCAGCCCUCUGUCCUCUUCAGCCCUCUGUCCUCUCAGCCUCUGUCCUCUCAGCCCUCUUUCCCUCUCCGCCCUCUUGUCCCCUCUCAUCCCCCUCGUCCCCUCUGUCCUCUCAGGCCCCUCUGCCCUCUGUCCCUCAUCAGCCCUCUGUCCCCUCUGUCCUCUCAGCCCUCUGUGUCCCCUCUGUCCCUCUCAGCCCUCUGCCCCCUCUGUCCUCUCAGCCCUCUCCCUCUCAGCCCUCUGUCCUCUCAGCCCUCUGUCCUCUCAGCCCUCUGUCCUCUCAGCCCUCUGUCCCCUCUGUCCUCCAGCCCCCUCUGUCCUCUCAGCCCUCUGUCCUCUCAGCCCUCUGUCCUCUCAGCCCUCUGUCCCCUCAGCCCUCUGUCCUCUCAGCCCUCUGUCUCUCUCAGCCCUCUGUCCUUCUAGCCCUCUGCCCUACUCAGCCCUCUGUGUCCCCUCUGUUCCUCUCUGCCGGCCCCUCUGUCCCCUCGCCCUCUGUCCCUCUCUGUCCUCUCUGCCUCUGCCCCUCAUCCCUCUGUCCUCUCAGCCCUCUGCCCUCUCAGCCUCUGUCCCCUCUGUCCUCUCUGGUGGGGCCCUCCCUGUUCCCCUCAGCCCUCUGUCCGCUAGCCCUCUGUUCUGCCUCUCAGCCCUCUGUCCCCUUGUUCCCCCCCCUCUCUGCCCGCUGUCCCUCCUCUGCCCCUGUCCUCUCUGCCCUCUGUCCUCUCUGCCCUCUGUCCUCUCUGCCCUCUGUCCCCUCAGCCCUCUGUCCUCUCAGCCCUCUGCCCCCUCUGUCCUCGCACCCUCUGUCCUCUUCAUCCCUCUGUCCCCUCCCUCAGCCCUCUGUCCUCUCAGCAUCCCUCUGUCCUCUCAAGCCCUCGUCCCUCUCAGCCCUCUGUCCUCUCUGCCUCUUCUGUCCUCUCAGCCCUCUGCCACUCUGUCCUCUCAGCCCUCUGUCCUCUGCACCCCUCUGUCCUCUCGCCCCUCUGUCCUCUCAGCCCUUGUCCGUCUCAGCCCUACUGUCCUCUCUGUCCCCUCUGUCCUCUCUCUCUGUCUGCCCUCUGUCCUCUCUGCCCUCUGUCCCAUCUUCUGCCCUCUGCCCUCUCAUCCCUCGUGUCCUCUCAGCCCCUCUCUCCUCUGCCCUCUGUCCCUCUCACCUCUCUCUCUGCUGCCCCUGUUCUCUCAGCCCAUCUGUCCCCUCUGCCCUCUGUCCUCGUCUGCCGCUCUGUCCUCUCUGCCCUCUGGCCUCUCAUCGCCCUCUGCCCAUCGUCAGCCCUCUGUCCCUCCUCACGCCUCGCCCUCUGGUCCUCUCAGCCCUCUGUCCUCUCAGCCCUCUGUCCCCCUCUUCCUCUCACCCCCCUGCUGUCCUCUCAUCCCCCCUCUUCUCUCACCGCUCAGCCCCACUCUGUCGCUCAGCCCCCUUGUCCUCUUCACAGCCCCCUCUGUCCUCUCAACAGCCCUCCUGUCCUCUCAUCCCUCUGUCCUUCAGCCCUCUUUCCCUUUCCUCUCAGCCCUCCUCUGUAACUCUGUCCUCUCUGUACUUCUGCCUCUCUGUACUUUGUACUCUGUCCUCCUCUGUCCUCUAUCCCUCUCUGUCCUCAUCUGCCUAUGUCCUCGUCUGCCCUCUGUCCUCCUCCGCCCUCUUGGCCCUCCUCAUCCCUCUGGCCUCCUCAGCCCUCGUCCCCCAUCCUCAGCCCUCCUCAGCCCUCUGUCCCCCUGUCCUCCUUCUUACUCUGUCCUCUCUGUACUCUGUCCUCUCUGUCCCUCUGUCCUCUCUGCUCUCUCCUCUGUCCUCUCUGCGCCUCUUCCCUCUCUGCCCUCUGCCCUCUCAGCCAUCGUCCUCUCAGCCCUCGGUCCCCUCUCUGCCCCUCUCAUCAUCCCUCUGUCCUCUCAGCCCUCUCUCUCGCCCUCUUCCUCGUCAGCCCUCGUCCCCUCUGUCCCUCCUCAACUCUGCCCCCCUGUCCUCUCAGCCCUCUUUUCCUCCUCAGCCCUCUGUCCUCUCAGCCCUCUGUCCUUUUCUCAUUCCGCUCUGUCCUCUCAUCCCUCUGUCCCUCAGCCCUCUGUCCCCUCUGUCCUCUCAGCCCCCCUAUGUCCUCUCAGCCCCCUCCCUGGUCCUCUAUGCCCCCUCUGUCCCUCUCAGCCCCUCUUCCUCUCAGCCCCCUCUGUCACUCUCAGCCCUCUGUCCCUCUCAAGCCCUCUGUCCCCUCGCCUCGCUGUUCCUCUCAGCCCUCUGCCCUCUCAGCCCUCUCUUUCUUCCCCGCUGUCCUCUCAGCCCCCCAUCUGUCACCUCCUCAGCCCCCUCUGUCUCAUCUCAGACCCCCUCCUGUCCCUCAGCCCCCUCGUCCUCGUCAGCCCUCUGUCCUCUCAUCAGCCCUCUGUCCUCUCAGCCCGCUCUGUCCUCUCAGCCCCUGUACCCCUGUCCUCUCAGCCCUCUGUCCCCUCUGUCCUCCUCAGGCCCCCCCCUCUGCUGGUCCUCUCAUCCCUCUGUCCUCUCAGCCCUCUGUCCCCUCCUGUCCUCUCCAGCCCCCUCUGUCCUCGUCAUUCCCCCUCUUGUCCUCUCAGACCCCCCUGUCCUCUCAGCUCCUCUGCCUCUCAGCCCUCUGUCCUCUCAGGCCCUCUGUCCGCUCAGCCCUCUCAGCCCUCUGUCCUCUCAGCCCUCUGUCCUCUCAGCCCUCAGCCCUCUCAGCCCUCUCAGCCCUCUGUCCCCUCUGUCCUCUCAGCCCUCUGUCCCCUCAGCCCUCUGUCCUCUCAGCCCUCUGUUCCCUGUCCCUCUCUGUACUCUGUCCUCUCUGUACUCUGUCCUCUCUGUACUCUGUCCUCUCUGUACUCUGUCCUCUCUGUACUCUGUCCUCUGUCCUCUACUCCAUGGAUCAUCAACUAGAUUCAGCUAAGGACCAAUUUAUUUCUUGACCGGAAGGUUGGCGGCCAGAACAUAAUUACAAAUCAUUUGUAGACUGCAAUUUGACCGCAAGAAUCACAAAAAGAUCAUUUCAAACAUUGCUUACAUUUGUGUACGAUCACAUGUCUCUCUAUUAUGUGUGGGAAUACUUGAACAUAUUUAUAAAAUUAAAAUCACUUGGAGCUGAUUUCCUGGUGUUUUUACAGUCUUGUGUCCAACAAUGAAAAUUCCCAAAAAUAAUAAUAAUUUGCUCAGAAUACUUGGGGGGAACCCUGACUACCCUAUAGUUAAAUAUCUGGUCUGUCUGUCGGUCUGUCUGUCCUGUUAGUUAGGUGGGAUACCAACCUAUUGUCUGUCUGUCUGUCUGUCCUGUUAGUUAGGUGGGAUACCAACCUAUUGUCUGUCUGUCUGUCCUGUUAGUUAGGUGGGAUACCAACCUAUUGUCUGUCUGACCUGUAUAUCACUACCUCACCUGUCUGUCUGUCACACCUGAACACGUAGAGGUAGACUGAAUAUACUGGUUUCCACACCUGAACACGUAGAGGUAGACUGAAUAUACUGGUUUACACACCUGAACACGUAGAGGUAGACUGAAUAUACUGGUUUACACACCUGAACACGUAGAGGUAGACUGGAUAUACUGGUUUCCACACCUGAACACCUAGAGGUAGACUGGAUAUACUGGUUUCCACACCUGAACACGUAGAGGUAGACUGAAUAUACUGGUUUACACACCUGAACACGUAGAGGUAGACUGAAUAUACUGGUUUACACACCUGAACACGUAGAGGUAGACUGAAUAUACUGGUUUACACACCUGAACACGUAGAGGUAGACUGAAUAUACUGGUUUCCACACCUGAACACGUAGAGGUAGACUGGAUAUACUGGUUUCCACACCUGAACACCUAGAGGUAGACUGGAUAUACUGGUUUCCACACCUGAACACCUAGAGGUAGACUGGAUAUACUGGUUUACACACCUGAACACGUAGAGGUAGACUGAAUUUUUACGGGUUUUUUACACACCUAACCGUAGAGGUGAUGAAUAUAUGGUUUAACCCCUAAAAACCCCCUGGGUAGCUGAAUAUACUGGUUUAACACCUAACCCCUAAAAGGUAACUGGUUAUGGUUUCCACACCUAAAACACGAAAGGGUAGACUGAAUAUACGGGUUUUCCACACCUGAACCCUUUUAGGGGGUAGAUGAAUAUCUGGUUUAACCCUGAAAAAGGGGUUUAGAGGUAACUGAAAUAUACUGGUUAACACCUAAAACACGUAGAGGUGGGGACUGAAUAUCGGGGUUUACACAUAACACGUAGGGUAACGGGAUUUAUACUUUUCCACACCUAAAACCGAAGGGGGUAGACUGAAUAUACUGUUUUAAAACCUAAAACAUAGAGGUAGGAAUUACUGGUUUUCCACACCUGAACACUAGAGGUGGGAUGAUAUACUGGUUUCCACCCCCUGAACCACGAAAGGGGUAGAAAAUAACUGGUUUCACCCCGAACCCACCUAGAGGUAGAGGGGAUAUAUUUUUUCCAACCUGAAAAAAAAACCUAGAGGUAGACGAUAUAAGGUUUUUAACAACCUGAACACUAAGGUGGGCCCCGGGGAUAUACUGGUUUACCCCCACCUGAAACCAAAGGGGGUUUGGGGACUUAUUAACGGUUUCCCACCUGAACACUAGGGUAGCGGGAAUAUACUGGUUUCCACACCAAAAACCCCUUAGAGGACUGAAUAUUACUGGUGUUCCCCACCUGAAACACCUCAUCGACCCCGGGGGGGGGGGGUGUAUGUAGUCUUCCUCAGGCCAGUGGGGGCAGGGUUGCCGUUGGUUGUUCUCGAACUGACAGAGUGUCUGGAGUUGGAGAACCAGGGACUGCACAAAGGUACGACUGGCUUUCAUUUGUUAAUGAUCAUAUUCUGAUCUAUAUUGAUGUAGAAUAGAUCUUUAUUGAUCCAUUAUACACAGGCAACAGAAACAAUGAUUAUGACGAUAAUGAUGACUUGCUUGCUUGUGUGUGUGUGUGUGUAGUGGUGGAGGAUCUGAGAGCAGCCUUGUUCACACUGGAGUCUAGAGUCCAGGUUCUGGAGAGAAGCCCAGCUGCAGCCGUUUCCUGUGCCAAGGUGGGUUUAGAGAGGAAGUCCGUUCGAACUAAAUGAUUCUAUUUCAAACGUCCGUCAUAUCUGCAUGCGCUGAUGUGGAUGCUGCACUCUGUGCAGACUGGAGCGGACAUUCAGUUGAAGCUUGAAGGUGUACAUUUUUGAUUUUUCUGUACCAAGAAUGGUGUGGUCUAUGAACGAUAUUUAGGCUUUAUAACUACACUGAACAAAAACAGUUGGUCCCAUGUUUCAUGUGCUGAAAUAAAAGAUCCCAGAAAUUGUCCAUGUGCACAAAAAGCUUAUUUCUCAAAGAUAUUUUAUUUUUUAUUAUUUACAUCCCUGUUAGUGAGCAUUUCUCCUUUGCCAAGAUAAUCCGUCCACCUGACAGGUGUGGCAUAUCAAGAAGCUGAUUAAACACCAUGAUCAUUACACAGGUGCACCUUGUGCUGGGGACACUCUAAAAUGUCCAGUUUUGUCACAGAACACAAUGCCACAGAUGUCUCAAGUUUUGAGGGAGUGUCCAAUUGGCAUGCUGACUGCAGGAAUGUCCACCAGAGCUGUUACCAGUGAAUUGAAUGUUAAUUUCUCUACUAUAAGUAAAAUCUUUGAAAUUGUUGCAUGUUGCGUUAUAUUUUGUUCAGUGGUCUAUGAAUGAUAUUUAUUAUUUCUCCCUCCUCCCCCUCUCCUCCCCCUCACCUCCCCCUCUCCUCCCAGGUGGUGACUGUUCAGUCUGUGAAGGUGGAGAAUGGUGGUGAUGAUGAUGAUGAUGACAUGGACCUCUUCGGGAGUGAUGAGGAGGAGGAUGAAGAGGCAGAGAGGCUGAAGGAGGAGAGAAUCGCUGCUUACGCUGCCAAGAAGUCCAAGAAACCAGCGCUCAUCGCCAAGUCAUCUAUCCUGCUCGACGUCAAACCUGUACGUUGUCCCUCUGUUCCAUGUCUCUGUCCCUCCCUGUCUGUCUCUGUCCUCUCUCUCUCUCUCUCUCUCUCUCUCUCUCUGUCUCUCUCUCUCUCUCUCUCUCUCUCUGUCUCUCUCUCUCUCUCUAUCCCGCUGGAUGUCAAACCUGUAUGUCAAUAGUUGAAACAUGUUGAAAGGCAGAAGGUGUAUCUAAUGCUUUCUCACCAACUCUCCCUCCUUCCAUCAACUCUCUCUCCCUACCACCUCCCCUCUCUCUCUCUCUCUCUCCCUCUCCCCCUCUCUCUCUCCCACCUCCCCUCCCCUCUCUCUCUCAGUGGGAUGAUGAGACCGACAUGGCUAAGUUGGAGCAGUGUGUGAGGUCUGUUGUAGCUGACGGUCUGCUGUGGGGUCAGUCCAAGCUGGUUCCCGUGGGUUACGGCAUAAAGAAGCUCCAGAUCGGGUGUGUUGUCGAGGACGACAAGGUGGGAACAGACCUACUGGAGGAAGAGAUCACCAAGUUUGAGGACUAUGUGAGUAUUACACACUGUAGAUAACUCACUGCUUAAAACCCAUUACACACUGUAGAUAACUCACUGCUUAGAACCCAUUACACACUGUAGAUAACUCACUGCUUAAAACACAGUCAUGAACCCCGUUAACCCUAUAGAGAACGAAUAAUAAACUCAGCAAAAAAACAAAUGUCCUCUCACUGUCAACUGCGUUCAUUUUCAGCAAACUUAACAUGUAAAUAUUUGUAUGAACAUAAGAUUCAACAACUGAGACAUAAACUGAACAAGUUCCACAGACAUGUGACUAACAGAAAUGGAAUAAUGUGUCCCUGAACAAAGGGAGGACUGACUGAACAAAAGUAACAGUCAGUAUCUGGUGUGGCCACCAGCUGCAUUAAGUACUGCAGUGCAUCUCCUCCUCAUGGACUGCACCAGAUUUGCCAGUUCUUGCUGUGAGAGGUUACCCCACUCUUCCACCAAGGCACCUGCAAGUUCCCGGACAUUUCUGGGGGGAAUGGCCCUAGCCCUCACCCUCCGAUCCAACGGGUCCCAGACGUGCUUAAUGGGAUUGAGAUCCGGGCUCUUCGCUGGCCAUGGCAGAACACUGACAUUCCUGUCUUGCAGGAAAUCACGCACAGAACGAGCAGUAUGGCUGGUGGCAUUGUCAUGCUGGAGGGUCAUUUCAGGAUGAGCCUGCAGGAAGGGUACCGCAUGAGGGAGGAGGAUGUCUUCCCUGUAACGCACAGCGUUGAGAUUGCCUGCAAUGACAACAAGCUCAGUCCGAUGAUGCUGUGACACACCGCCCCAGACCAUGAUGGACCCUCCACCUCCAAAUCGAUCCCGCUCCAGAGUACAGGCCUCGGUGUAACGCUCAUUCCUUUGACGAUAAACGCAAAUCCGACCAUCCCUCCCUGGUGAGACAAAACCGCGACUCGUCAGUGAAGAGCACUUCCUGUCUGGUCCAGCAAUGUUGGGUUUGUGCCCAUAGGCGACGUUGUUGCCGGUGAUGUCUGGUGAGGACCUGCCUUACAACAGGCCUACAAGCCCUCAGUCCAGCCUCUCUCAGCCUAUUGCGGACAGUCUGAGCACUGAUGGAGGGAUUGUGCGUUCCUGGUGUAACUCGGGCAGUUGUUGUUGCCAUCCUGUACCUGUCCCGCAGGUGUGAUGUUCGGAUGUACCGAUCCUGUGCAGGUGUUGUUACACGUGGUCUGCCACUGCGAAGACGAUCAGCUGUCAGUCCUGUCUCCCUGUAGCGCUGUCUUAGGCGUCUCACAGUACGGACAUUGCAAUUUAUUGCCCUGGCCACAUCUGCAGUCCUCAUGCCUCCUUGCAGCAUGCCUAAGGCACGUUCACGCAGAUGAGCAGGGACCCUGGGCAUCUUUCUUUUGGUGUUUUUCAGAGUCAGUAGAAAGGCCUCUUUAGUGUCCUAAGUUUUCAUAACUGUGACCUUAAUUGCCUACCGUCUGUAAGCUGUUAGUGUCUUAACGACCGUUCCACAGGUGCAUGUUCAUUAAUUGUUUAUGGUUCAUUGAACAAGCAUGGGAAACAGUGUUUAAACCCUUUAUAAUGAAGAUCUGUGAAGUUAUUUGGAUUUUUACGAAUUAUCUUUGAAAGACAGGGUCCUGAAAAGGGGACGUUUCUAUUUCUGCUGAGUUUAUUAUAGUCGUCUUAGGACAUGUUAGUGAAGUUACCCUGAUCUGAGCAUGGCUCUUCUAUUUCAGGUCCAGAGUGUCGACGUGGCUGCCUUCAACAAGAUCUAAGCCUCUCCUCUACCUCACCCUCCCCUUCCUCCCUUCUCCUCUCCUCUACCUCACCCUCCCCUUCCUCCCUUCUCCUCCUCUACCUCACCCUCCCCUUCCUCCCUUCUCCUCUCCUCUACCUCACCCUCCCCUUCCUCUCCUCCCUUCUCCUCUCCAGUCAUCCAAAGUGUUGCUGGUGCUCUCUGCUUGCACGGUUACUAAUAAAACAUAGAGCUUUAAGCACAAACACCUGUCUGUCUGUUUCUGUCUGAAUGGAGGGAAACAUGUACAGUAUAUUUUUUAUGUAUUUUUCUCUUCUAAUGUAUCCUCAAUCAUGCUUCCACCAGGAAAAGGAUCAGUCUAGUGAAAUCCACUUUAAAUCAAUUUGUCAAAUGCAUUCCAGUGUAUUGAAUGGUAUAACAUGAACAAGACACAAAGCUUAAUCGUAUUAAUAUCAAAUGUAUAUGUUAAAGUCAUUGACACAAAGCGCUAGAGUGAACCAUUCAGUCAGAUGGUUGGUGAUGACAGAGUGUGGACCCCAGUCCGACCCAGAACCAGGGUAAAGAGGGUCUGAGGAGAAGGCCAGGCUCCGUGCUUGGUGGUCCAGGUACACUCCUACCCAGUUGGACCUGGGGACGGUUCUGCUGUUCUCUACAUGGUGCACAUAGCAGCCGGAGGGGGACCAGUCUAGGACCGGGGAUCGUGUCCCAUCUUACAGUUGCCGUCUCAUGUCUCUGUAGCAGACCUCUAUACAUAGCCGUGGGAAGAUGUUUGGGGUGGUAGUGGCAGAGUUUUGUUGUUGUUGCACUACAGACGGCUAUAUCAGUCCACUAAUACAGGACUAGUAAAAGCCCAGAGAGGGGAGAGCCCUACCUCUGCUAUGCCCCUUAUAGACACCCCUCCCUGGCCGCUCCACUCUGCCUCCUAUAGACACCCCUCCCUGGCCGCUCCACUCUGCCCCUAUAGACACCCCUCCCUGGCCGCUCCUCCCUGGCCGCUCCACUCUGCCUCCUAUAGACACCCCUCCCUGGCCGCUCCACUCUGCCCCCUAUAGACACCCCUCCCUGGCCGCUCCACUCUGCCUCCUAUAGACACCCCUCCCUGGCCCUCCACUCUGCCCCCUAUAGACACCCCUCCCUGGCCCUCCACUCUGCCUCCUAUAGACACCCCUCCCUGGCCCUCCCUUUGCGCCCCUAUGAAGCCCCUCCCGGUCGCCUCCGGCUGCGCCAAGCCUGCGAUUCGACACCCGAUCCUAGAGCGCCAUUGCUAGCACCUCUGGCCGUCACUGCCUUAGACCACGCCCUCCUGGAGCCCAAACCCUCUGCUCUAUAGACACCCCUCCACUCCGCCACCUGGCGCUCCACUGGGGAAGAACCGCUCCGGUCCGGCUCACUCUGGUCCCUCCUGCCCCCCCCCCCCCCUCGGCCGCUCCAAUUGUUCCCGCCCAGAGUCCUCCCGUCGCGGCCGGCUGCGACAGAGCCUGGAUUCGAACCAGGAUCUCUAAUGGCACAGCUAGCACUGCGAUGCAGCGCCUUAGACCACUGCGCCACUCUGGAGCCCCAAACUCAGUCUGCUCAGACAGACCCCCUCCACACAGCACCUGGGCCCAGCGGGGGAAGAGGUCCGGGUGGUCGGGGUACGGCUGGGGUUCCCCCUGUGUCCCCCCCCCCCCCCCUCCCCUCACACACAGGUAGGGGUUGGCUGUGUUCACGUUCAGAACCAGAACCUCACUUAUAAACGUUGCAUAUGCACAAAAUAUGCCCCCAAAACAUGCAUGCGCCAGUUUCUACGCAAGAAAUAGCAAUUAUAAAAACUUGAACUUCAUGAGAAUGUCCUUGUCCUCUUGCGUCAGUUUCUAGUGGUUGAAGUCUUGCAUCGCCAGAAUGCAAACUACAUGAUUACAUAUGUGUUAUUUCAUAGUUUGAUGUCUUCACUAUUAUUCUACAAUGUAAAAAUAAAGAAAAAUCCUUGAAUAAGUAGGUGUGUCCAAACCUUUGACUUUUGUGGGGAAAACACUACAUGAAAUAUUUACUCUUCAGUUAGGGUCCCUCUCCUUCCUCACAUCCUCUGUCUCCCACAUACACACACUGAUCACACACUCUCUCUCCCACAUACACACACUGAUCACACACUCUCUCUCCCACAUACACACACUGAUCACACACUCUCUCUCCCACAUACACACACUGAUCACACACUCUCUCUCCCACAUACACACACUGAUCACACCUCUCUCUCCCACAUACACACACUGAUCACACACUCUCUCUCCCACAUACACACACUGAUCACACACUCUCUCUCCCACAUACACACACUGAUCACACACUCUCUCUCCCACAUACACACACUGAUCACACACUCUCUCUCCCACAUACACACACUGAGUCACACACUCUCUCUCCCACAUACACACACUGAUCACACACUCUCUCUCCCACAUACACACACUGAUCACACACUCUCUCUCCCACAUACACACACUGCUCCCAACUUUUAAAACAUUAGGCACCAGACAGAAUUUAAAGAGCACCAGAAAGAGAUGUUUAGUCUUACGUAUGAAUCCUACCUUUGAAGCACAUCUCAUGAGUAGCAGACCCUUGUCCUUUAUUCCUGAGCCAAUCAGAUGUGCCUGAACCUACUGUGAAGUUACCAGGAUGUUAGCUAGCUAGGUAACAUGACUGAACAACGUAUUGUUAUCAAAGCAAUAAUUAGAGACCCAGAAUUAGUUUAAAACGGUCCGCGACUGGAUCCUGUACUUCCUGACGGGCCGCCCCCAGGUGGUAAGGGUAGGCAACAACACAUCUGCCACGCUGAUCCUCAACACCGGGGCCCCUCAGGGGUGCAUGCUCAGUCCCCUCCUGUACUCCCUGUUCACCCAUGACUGCAUGGCCAGGCACGACUCCAACACCAUUAAGUUUGCUGACGACACAACAGUGGUAGGCCUGAUCACCGACAACGACGAGACAGCCUAUAGGGAGGAGGUCAGAGACCUGGCCGUGUGGUGCCAGGAUGGUCCUCUGUAGCUCAAUUGGUAGAGCAUGGCGCUUGUAACGCCAGGGUAGUGGGUUCGAUCCCCGGGACCACCCAUACGUAAACAUGUAUGCGCACAUGACUGUAAGUCGCUUUGGAUAAAAGCGUCUGCUAAAUGGCAUAUUAUUAUUAUUAUUAUUAACAACCUCUCCCUCAACGAUGAGACAGCCUAUAGGGAGGAGGUCAGAGAACUGGCCGCGUGGUUGCCAGGAUAACAACCUCUCCCUCAAUGUGAUCAAGACAAAGGAGCUGAUUGUAGACUACAGGGGUCAAAUAAUUAUUUCCCCCAAUAAAAUGCAAAUCAAUUUAUAACAUUUUUGACAUGCGUUUUUCUGGAUUUUUUUGUUGUUAUUCUGUCUCUCACUGUUCAAAUAAACCUACCAUUAAAAUUAUAGACUGAUCAUUUCUUUGUCAGUGGGCAAACGUACAAAAUCAGCAGGGGAUCAAAUACUUUACCCUCACUGCUAUGUUAUUAUUAUUUCAAGGCUGUAGCCGGCCAUUUAAGAAAUCCAUUGUGAAGCAUUUGGGACAGUUACAGGCUGUCAGGAGCACUCAGCAUUUCAAUAUCAUGCAUAUGAAUGUAGCAUUUAGGCUGUAGAGAAUUAUUGUUAUUUAUUUUUUAAAGACUUAGAAUUUAAUAAUAAUGAAAUGGAAAAUGCCUUAAAUCAUAAUGCCUUAUUAGACUAUACAAGCAUUCCAUAAUGCCUUAUUAGACUAUACAAGCAUUCCAUAAUGCCUUAUUAGACUAUACAAUCAUUCCAUAAUGCCUUAUUAGACUAUACAAGCAUUCCAUAAUGCCUUAUUAGACUAUACAAGCAUUCCAUAAUGCCUUAUUAGACUAUACAAUCAUUCCAUAAUGCCUUAUUAGACUAUACAAGCAUUCCAUAAUGCCUUAUUAGACUAUACAAGCAUUCCAUAAUGCCUUAUUAGACUAUACAAGCAUUCCAUAAUGCCUUAUUAGACUAUACAAGCAUUCCAUAAUGCCUUAUUAGACUAUACAAGCAUUCCAUAAUGCCUUAUUAGACUAUACAAGCAUUCCAUAAUGCCUUAUUAGACUAUACAAUCAUUCCAUAAUGCCUUAUUAGACUAUACAAGCAUUCCAUAAUGCCUUAUUAGACUAUACAAGCAUUCCAUAAUGCCUUAUUAGACUAUACAAGCAUUCCAUAAUGCCUUAUUAGACUAUACAAGCAUUCCAUAAUGCCUUAUUAGACUAUACAAGCAUUCCCAUAAUGCCUUAUUAGACUAUACAAGCAUUCCAUAAUGCCUUAUUAGACUAUACAAGCAUUCCAUAAUGCCUUAUUAGACUAUACAAGCAUUCCAUAAUGCCUAUUAGACUAUACAAGCAUUCCAUAAUGCCUUAUUAGACUAUACAAGCAUUCCAUAAUGCCUUAUUAGACUAUACAAGCAUUCCAUAAUGCCUUAUUAGACUAUACAAGCAUUCCAUAAUGCCUUAUUAGACUAUACAAGCAUUCCAUAAUGCCUUAUUAGACUAUACAAUCAUUCCAUAAUGCCUUAUUAGACUAUACAAUCAUUCCAUAAUGCCUUAUUAGACUAUACAAGCAUUCCAUAAUGCCUUAUUAGACUAUACAAGCAUUCCAUAAUGCCUUAUUAGACUAUACAAUCAUUCCAUAAUGCCUUAUUAGACUACAAUUCAUAACCUUGUAUACCAUUCCAUAAUGCCUUAACUUAAGAAGCCGUAUACAAGCAUUCCAUAAUGCCUUAUUAGACUAUACAAGCAUUCCAUAAUGCCUUAUUAGACUAUACAAGCAUUCCAUAAUGCCUUAUUAGACUAUACAAGCAUUCCAUAAUGCCUUAUUAGACUAUACAAUCAUUCCAUAAUGCCUUAUUAGACUAUACAAGUCAUUCCAUAAAUGCCUUAUUAGACUAACAAGCAUUCCAUAAUGCCUUAUUAGACUAUACAAGCAUUCCAUAAUGCCUUAUUAGACUAACAAUCAUUCCAUAAUGCCUUAUUAGACUAUACAAGCAUUCCAUAAUGCCUUAUUAGACUAUAACAAGCAUUCCAUAAUGCCUUAUUAGACUAUACAAGCAUUCCAUAAUGCCUUAUUAGACUAUACAAGCAUUCCAUAAUGCCUUAUUAGACUAUACAAGCAUUCCAUAAUGCCUUAUUAGACUAUACAAGCAUUCCAUAAUGCCUUAUUAGACUAUACAAUCAUUCCAUAAUGCCUUAUUAGACUAUACAAGCAUUCCAUAAUGCCUUAUUACAUACAGCAUUCCAUAAUGCCUUAUUAGACUAUACAAGCAUUCCAUAAUGCCUUAUUAGACUAUACAAGCAUUCCAUAAUGCCUUAUUAGACUAUACAAGCAUUCCAUAAUGCCUUAUUAGACUAUACAAGCAUUCCAUAAUGCCUUAUUAGACUAUACAAGCAUUCCAUAAUGCCUUAUUAGACUAUACAAGCAUUCCAUAAUGCCUUAUUAGACUAUACAAGCAUUCCAUAAUGCCUUAUUAGACUAUACAAGCAUUCCAUAAUGCCUUAUUAGACUAUACAAGCAUUCCAUAAUGCCUUAUUAGACUAUACAAGCAUUCCAUAAUGCCUUAUUAGACUAUACAAGCAUUCCAUAAUGCCUUAUUAGACUAUCAAGCAUUCCAUAAUGCUAUUAGACUAUAAAGCAUUCCAUAAUGCCUUAUUAGACUAUACAAGCAUUCCAUAAUGCCUUAUUAGACUAUACAAUCAUUCCAUAAUGCCUUAUUAGACUAUACAAGCAUUCCAUAAUGCCUUAUUAGACUAUACAAGCAUUCCAUAAUGCCUUAUUAGACUAUACAAGCAUUCCAUAAUGCCUUAUUAGACUAUAAAGUAAUUCUACAAUUUCUUAUUAGUAAUUCUAUAGUGCCUUUUAAUUCACUUUUAGUUUGGCCGGUCUUUGGUUUGAGGAUCAUGCGGUGAGCUACGCAUGUCUGGUUCGUUCAUUUAGUUUAGCAGAGGCUCUUCUAAUCCCUUUAUUAUAUAUAUAUAUAUAUUAUAUUAUUAUUCUCAGUCAACACACAUCUAUUUUGUAACAACAUUAUAAUAGUAUACAAUGGAAUAAAUUAGAAAAGUUUUCCCAAGUUUUUUUUUUUUACAUUGUUGCAUUUAACACUUUUAGUUAAAUAUCUGGUCUGUCAGAGAGCUGUCCUGUUAGUUAAAUAUCUGGUCUGUCAGACAGCUGUCCUGUUAGUUAAAUAUCUGGUCUGUCAGACAGCUGUCCUGUUAGUUAAAUAUCUGGUCUGUCAGAGAGCUGACCUGUUAGUUAAAUAUCUGGUCUGUCAGAGAGCUGUCCUGUUAGUUAAAUAUCUGGUCUGUCAGAGAGCUGUCCUGUUAGUUAAAUAUCUGGUCUGUCAGACAGCUGUCCUGUUAGUUAAAUAUCUGGUCUGUCAGAGAGCUGUCCUGUUAGUUAAAUAUCUGGUCUGUCAGAGAGCUGUCCUGUUAGUUAAAUAUCUGGUCACACUUCAACUGUGAGAGACGGAAUCUAAAACAAAAAUCCAGAAAAUCACAUUGUAUGAGUUUUAAGUAAUUCAUUUGCAUUUUAUUGCAUGACAUAAGUCUUUGAUACAUCAGAAAAGCAGAACUUAAUAUUUGGUACAGAAACCUUUGUUUGCAAUUACAGAGAUCAUACGUUUCCUGUAGGUCUUGACCAGGUUUGCACACACUGCAGCAGGGAUUUUGGCCCACUCUUCCAUACAGACCUUCUCCAGAUCCUUCAGGUUUCGGGGCUGUCGCUGGGCAAUACGGACUUUCAGCUCCCUCCAAAGAUGUUCUAUUGGGUUCAGGUCUGGAGACUGGCUAGGCCACUCCAGGACCUUGAGAUGCUUCUUACGGAGCCACUCCUUAGUUGCCCUGGCUGUGUGUUUCGGGUCAUUGUCAUGCUGGAAGACCCAGCCACGACCCAUCUUCAAUGCUCUUACUGAGGGAAGGAGGUUGUUGGCCAAGAUCUCGCGAUACAUGGCCCCAUCCAUCCUCCCCUUAAUACGGUGCAGUCGUCCUGUCCCCUUUGCAGAAAAGCAACCCCAAAGAAUGAUGUUUCCACCUCCAUGCUUCACGGUUGGGAUGGUGUUCUUGGGGUUGUACUCAUCCUUCUUCUUCCUACAAACACGGCGAGUGGAGUUUAGACCAAAAAGCUAUAUUUUUGUCUCAUCAGACCACAUGACCUUUGCCAAUGACCAUCUGGAUCAUCCAGAUGGUCAUUGGCAAACUUCAGACGGGCCUGGACAUGCACUGGCUUGAGCAGGGGGACCUUGCGUGUGCUGCAGGAUUUUAAUCCAUGACGGCGUAGUGUGUUACUAAUGGUUUUCUUUGAGACUGUGGUCCCAGCUCUCUUCAGGUCAUUGACCAGGUCCUGCCGUGUAGUUCUGGGCUGAUCCCUCACCUUCCUCAUGAUCAUUGAUGCCCCACAAGGUGAGAUCUUGCAUGGAGCCCCAGACCGAGGGUGAUUGACCGUCAUCUUGAACUUCUUCCAUUUUCUAAUAAUUGCACCAACAGUUGUUGCCUUCUCACCAAGCUGCUUGCCUAUUGUCCUGUAGUCCAUCCCAGCCUUGUGCAGGUCUACAAUUCUAUCCCUGAUGUCCUUACACAGCUCUCUGGUCUUGGCCAUUGUGGAGAGGUUGGAGUCUGUUUGAUUGAGUGUGUGGACAGGUGUCUUUUAUACAGGUAACGAGUUCAAACAGGUGCAGUUAAUACAGGUAAUGAGUGGAGAACAGGAGGGCUUCUUAAAGAAAAACUAACAGGUCUGUGAGAGCCGGAAUUCUUACUGGUUGGUAGGUGAUCAAAUACUUAUGUCAUGCAAUAAAAUGCAUAUUAAUUACUUAAAAAUCAUACAAUGUGAUUUUCUGGAUUUUUGUUUUAGAUUCCGUCUCUCACAGUUGAAGUGUACCUAUGAUAAAAAUUACAGACCUCUACAUGCUUUGUAAGUAGGAAAACCUGCAAAAUCGGCAGUGUAUGAAAUACUACAGACCCUACAGCUUGUUCUCCCCACUGUAGCUAGUUUACGUUAGCUCUGCUAGCUAGCUCUGGUUAAAAAUUGCAAAAUAACUUUAAGUUACCUGAACGAUUCCGGUAGCAUCACGUACCACAUAUGUGGCGGGUGGUUCCACAUGUCACAUAUUUAUUUAUAUUAAUUUAUGUGAUCAAUGAGCUAAUUUCAACCUUUUAAUAGUGUGACUGGAAGCUGAUUUCAACCUUUGAAUAGAGUGACUGGAAGCUGAUUACAACCUUUGAAUAGAGUGACUGGAAGCUGAUUACAACCUUUUAAUAGAGUGACUGGAAGCUGAUUUCAACCUUUGAAUAGAGUGACUGGAAGCUGAUUUCAACCUUUGAAUAGAGUGACUGGAAGCUGAUUACAACCUUUUAAUAGAGUGACUGGAAGCUGAUUUCAACCUUUGAAUAGAGUGACUGGAAUCUGAUUUCAACCUUUGAAUAGAGUGACUGGAAGCUGAUUUCAACCUUUUAAUAGAGUGACUGGAAGCUGAUUUCAACCUUUUAAUAGAGUGACUGGAAGCUGAUUUCAACCUUUUAAUAGUGUGACUGGAAUCUGAUUUCAACCUUUGAAUAGAGUGACUGGAAGCUGAUUUCAACCUUUUAAUAGAGUGACUGGAAGCUGAUUUCAACCUUUUAAUAGAGUGACUGGAAGCUGAUUUCAACCUUUGAAUAGAGUGACUGGAAUCUGAUUUCAACCUUUGAAUAGAGUGACUGGAAGCUGAUUUCAACCUUUUAAUAGAGUGACUGGAAGCUGAUUUCAACCUUUUAAUAGAGUGACUGGAAGCUGAUUUCAACCUUUGUAUAGAGUGACUGGAAGCUGAUUUCAACCUUUGAAUAGAGUGACUGGAAGCUGAUUUCAACCUUUGUAUAGAGUGACUGGAAGCUGAUUUCAACCUUUGAAUAGAGUGACUGGAAGCUGAUUUCAACCUUUUAAUAGAGUGACUGGAAGCUGAUUUCAACCUUUGAAUAGAGUGACUGGAAUCUGAUUUCAACCUUUGAAUAGAGUGACUGGAAUCUGAUUUCAACCUUUGAAUAGAGUGACUGGAAGCUGAUUUCAACCUUUGUAUAGAGUGACUGGAAGCUGAUUUCAACCUUUUAAUAGAGUGACUGGAAGCUGAUUUCAACCUUUGUAUAGAGUGACUGGAAGAUGAUUUCAACCUUUGAAUAGAGUGACUGGAAGCUGAUUUCAACCUUUGUAUAGAGUGACUGGAAGCUGAUUUCAACCUUUGAAUAGAGUGACUGGAAGCUGAUUUCAACCUUUUAAUAGAGUGACUGGAAGCUGAUUUCAACCUUUGAAUAGAGUGACUGGAAUCUGAUUUCAACCUUUGAAUAGAGUGACUGGAAUCUGAUUUCAACCUUUUAAUAGAGUGACUGGAAGCUGAUUUCAACCUUUUAAUAGAGUGACUGGAAGCUGAUUUCAACCUUUUAAUAGAGUGACUGGAAGCUGAUUUCAACCUUUUAAUAGUGUGACUGGAAUCUGAUUUCAACCUUUGAAUAGAGUGACUGGAAGCUGAUUUCAACCUUUUAAUAGAGUGACUGGAAGCUGAUUUCAACCUUUUAAUAGAGUGACUGGAAGCUGAUUUCAACCUUUGUAUAGAGUGACUGGAAGCUGAUUUCAACCUUUGAAUAGAGUGACUGGAAGCUGAUUUCAACCUUUUAAUAGAGUGACUGGAAGCUGAUUUCAACCUUUUAAUAGAGUGACUGGAAGCUGAUUUCAACCUUUGAAUAGAGUGACUGGAAGCUGAUUUCAACCUUUUAAUAGUGUGACUGGAAGCUGAUUUCAACCUUUUAAUAGUGUGACUGGAAGCUGAUUUCAACCUUUUAAUAGUGUGACUGGAAGCUGAUUUCAACCUUUGAAUAGUGUGACUGGAAGCUGAUUUCAACCUUUUAAUAGUGUGACUGGAAGCUGAUUUCAACCUUUGAAUAGUGUGACUGGAAGCUGAUUUCAACCUUUUAAUAGUGUGACUGGAAGCUGAUUUCAACCUUUGAAUAGUGUGACUGGAAGCUGAUUUCAACCUUUGAAUAGUGUGACUGGAAGCUGAUUUCAACCUUUUAAUAGUGUGACUGGAAGCUGAUUUCAACCUUUUAAUAGUGUGACUGGAAGCUGAUUUCAACCUUUUAAUAGUGUGACUGGAAGCUGAUUUCAACCUUUUAAUAGUGUGACUGGAAGCUGAUUUCAACCUUUGAAUAGUGUGACUGGAAGCUGAUUUCAACCUUUUAAUAGUGUGACUGGAAGCUGAUUUCAACCUUUGAAUAGUGUGACUGGAAGCUGAUUUCAACCUUUUAAUAGUGUGACUGGAAGCUGAUUUCAACCUUUUAAUAGUAUGAUUGUAGUCUAAUUGGGUGCACCCACCAUGAGGGGAUCCCUGAUGAAUUUGCUAUCACAAAAGAGGUCCCCUGCCCCAAAAAGUUUGAGAAUCCCUGGUAUGUGGGACAAAUUCUGAGAUGGACCAUUGCUAGGCAACAGUCUGACGGUAGAGGGAGAGAACACCGGCGAACUUCGAGCUAGCAACGUUACUGAUGUGUUGUUUUGAGUGUUUCAAACGUUGAUAACUCACUCAUUAAAUAAAUACCCGUAGCUAACAAUCGUGAGGACAGCAAGGGUUUGUUUUUGGAUUUUUUCAACUGUAAUUGAAAGUAAAAGACCAGCCACAUCACUCUGCCUCUCUCCCCUCCGGCCCAGAGGCUCAACCAUUGGGAUGCUGUUAGAGGCUGAACUGGCAUACUGCUCGUGAGUGAGCAACCACUCUUUGUGGUAAAAGAUCGAUAAUAAUAGUUUUAGAUAAGGGACCAGUCAAGUUUUUCUGAGGACUGUGCUUUUGUUUAUUUCUCUUUCCGUUUGCGCCGCCUCUCUCCUCGCACACAAUUCUUAUAAAAUGUAUUUGGAAUAAAAUAAUGUAUUUAAAAUUAAAGUACUUGGGAAUGUAUCAUGUUUGACAAUGACACCAAUUUUCAGUUGUCCUGAUACAUCAUUUACAUUUACAUUUUAGUCAUUUAGCAGACGCUCUUAUCCAGAGCGACUUACAGGAGCAAUUAGGGUUAAGUGCCUUGCUCAAGGGCACAUUUACGUCAUUUAGCAGACGCUCUUAUCCAGAGCGACUCACAAAUUGGUGCGUUCACCCUAUAGCCAGUGGGAUAACCACUUUACAAUUUUUUUUUUUGGGGGGGGGGUAGAAGGAUUACUUUAUCCUAUCCCAGGUAUUCCUUAAAGAGGUGGGGUUUCAAAUGUCUCCGGAAGGUGGUGAGUGACUCCGCUGUCCUGGCGUCGUGAGGGAGCUUGUUCCACCAUUGGGGUGCCAGAGCAGCGAACAGUUUUGACUGGGCUGAGCGGGAACUAUGCUUCCGCAGAGGAAGGGGAGCCAGCAGGCCAGAGGUGGAUGAACGCAAUGCCCUCGUUUGGGUGUAGGGACUGAUCAGAGCCCGAAGGUACAGAGGUGCCGUUCCCCUCACUGCUCCAUAGGCAAGCACCAUGGUCUUGUAGCGGAUGCGAGCUUCAACUGGAAGCCAGUGGAGUGUGCGGAGGAGGGGGGUGACGUGAGAGAACUUGGGAAGGUUGAACACCAGACGGGCUGCGGCAUUCUGGAUGAGUUGUAGGGGUUUAAUGGCACAGGCAGGGAGGCCAGCCAACAGCGAGUUGCAGUAGUCCAGACGGGAGAUGACAAGUGCCUGGAUUAGGACCUGUGCCGCUUCCUGUGUAAGGCAGGGUCGUACUCUCCGAAUGUUGUAGAGCAUGAACCUGCAGGAGCGGGUCACCGCCUUGAUGUUGGCGGAGAACGACAGGGUGUUGUCCAGGGUCACGCCUAGGCUCUUCGCACUCUGGGAGGAGGACACAGCGGAGUUGUCAACCGUGAUGGCGAGAUCAUGGAACGGGCAGUCCUUCCCCGGGAGGAAGAGCAGCUCCGUCUUGCCAGGGUUCAGCUUGAGGUGGUGAUCCGUCAUCCAUACUGAUAUGUCUGCCAGACAUGCAGAGAUGCGAUUCGCCACCUGGUUAUCAGAAGGGGGAAAGGAGAAGAUUAGUUGUGUAUCGUCAGCGUAGCAAUGAUAGGAGAGGCCAUGUGAGGAUAUGACAGAGCCAAGUGACUUGGUGUAUAGGGAGAAAAGGAGAGGGCCUAGAACUGAGCCCUGGGGGACACCAGUGGUGAGAGCACGUGGUGCGGAGACAGCUUCUCGCCACGCCACUUGGUAGGAGCGACCGGUCAGGUAGGACGCAAUCCAGGAGUGAGCCGCGCCGGAGAUGCCCAGCUCGGAGAGGGUGGAGAGGAGGAUCUGAUGGUUCACAGUAUCAAAGGCAGCAGACAGGUCUAGAAGGACAAGAGCAGAGGAGAGAGAGUUAGCUUUAGCAGUGCGGAGAGCCUCCGUGACACAGAGAAGAGCAGUCUCAGUUGAAUGACCAGUCCUGAAACCUGACUGGUUUGGAUCAAGAAGGUAAUUCUGAGAGAGAUAGCAGGAGAGUUGGCUAAAGACGGCACGCUCAAUAGUUUUGGAAAGAAAAGAAAGAAGGGAUACUGGUCUGUAGUUGUUGACAUCAGUGGGAUCGACUGUUGGUUUUUUGAGAAGGGGAGCAACUCUCGCUCUCUUGAAGACGGAAGGGACAUGGCCAGCGGUCAAGGAUGAGUUGAUCAGCGAGGUGAGGUAGGGGAGAAGGUCACCGGAGAUGGUCUGGAGAAGAGAGGAGGGGAUGGGGUCAAGCGGGCAGGUUGUUGGGCGGCCUGCAGUCACAAGUCGCAGGAUUUUAUCUGGAGAGAGAGGGGAGAAAGAAGUCAAAGCAUAGGGUAGGGCAGUGUGAGUAGGACCAGCAGUGUCAUUAGACUUAACAAACGAGGAUCGAAUGUCGUCAACCUUCUUUUCAAAGUGGUUGACGAAGUCAUCCACAGAGAGAGGGGGGGGGGGGGGGGGGGGGGAGGAUUCAGCAGGGAGGAAAAUGUGGCAAAGAGCUUCCUAGGGUUAGAGGCAGAUGCUUGGAAUUUAGAGUGGUAGAAAGUGGCCUUAGCAGCAGAAACAGAUGAAGAAAAUGUAGAGAGGAGGGAGUGAAAAGAUGCCAGGUCGGCAGGGAGUUUAGUUUUCUUCCAUUUCCGCUCCGCUGCCCGGAGCUCUGUUCUGUGAGCUCGCAAUGAGUCAUCAAGCCACGGAGCUGGAGGGGAGGACCGAGCCGGCCGGGAGGAUAGGGGACACAGAGAGUCAAAGGAUGCAGAAAGGGAGGAGAGGAGGGUUGAGGAGGCAGAAUCAGGAGAUUGGAGGGAGAAGGAUUGAGCAGAGGGAAGAGAUGAUAGGAUGGAAGAGGAGAGAGUAGUGGGAGAGAGAGAGCGAAGGUUGCGGCGGCGCCUUACCAUCUGUGUAGGGGCAGAGUGAGUAGUGUGGGAGGAGAGCGAGAGAGAAAAGGAAACAAAGUAGUGGUCGGAGACAUGGAGGGGAGUUGCAGUGAGAUUAGUAGAAGAGCAGCAUCUAGUAAAGAUGAGGUCAAGCGUAUUGCCUGCCUUGUGAGUAGGGGGGGGGGCGGUGAGAGGGUGAGGUCAAAAGAGGAGAGGAGUGGGAAGAAGGAGGCAGAGAGAAAUGAGUCAAAUGUGGACAUAGGGAGGUUGAAAUCCCCCAAAACUGUGAGGGGUGAGCCAUCCUCAGGAAAGGAACUUAUCAAGGCGUCAAGCUCAUUGAUGAACUCUCCAAGGGAACCUGGAGGGCGAUAGAUGACAAGGAUAUUAAGCUUAAAUGGGCUAGUGACUGUGACAGCAUGGAAUUCAAAUGAGGAGAUAGACAGAUGGGUUAGGGGAAAAAUUGAGAAUGUCCACUUGGGAGAGAUGAGGAUUCCUGUGCCACCACCCCUCUGACCAGAUGCUCUCGGGGUAUGCGAGAACACAUGGUCAGACGAGGAGAGAGCAGUAGGAGUAGCAGUGUUUUCAGUGGUAAUCCAUGUUUCCGUCAGCGCCAGGAAGUCGAGGGACUGGAGAUUAGCAUAGGCUGGGAUGAAGUCAGCUUUGUUGGCAGCAGAACGGCAGUUCCAGAGGCUGCCUGAGACCUGGAACUCCAGGUGUGGGGUGCGUGCAGGGACCACCAGGUUAGAGAGGCAGCAGCCACGCGGUGUGGGGCGUUUGUGUAGCCUGUGCAGAGAGGAGAGAACAGGGAUAGGCAGAGGCAUAGUUGACAGGCUGUAGCAAAUGGCUACAAUAAUGCAGAGGAGAUCGGAAUGAAAUGAACUAAACAUCUGGGAGAGUAGAGAGCAGGGCCUCCCUCACCAAAAACUUCUACCUCAGAAACUAUAAUUGUUUCACUGAACCACCCGAACAAAAACUCUACCAACUUCCACCUUUAGAAAUCAGAAUUGUUGUGAACCACAGCGGUUCAAUGUUUAAAGGAAUAGACUCAACCCACUUUAUUCAGCUAGCUAACUAUGACACCAUAGCUAACUAGCAUGCUAGCAUCCAAAAACACACAGUUUAGCACCAACACUUGGUCACAACAAACCACCAAUAGUGUGUUAACACACUAAGCAGAUAAUUUGUGUCCGUGUCUGUUGGCUAGCUAGCAAUGGCCACUGUGUUGACCUUGUUUGAAGAACGGCUAGCUAGCUAGCUUCGUGCUACCCCCGGCACCGCCGAAAAACAAUGCCAACCCACAGUAACUACCCACUACAGCCCACGAUGCCUAGCUAUGACGCCAUAGCUAACUAGCAUGCUAGCAUCCAAUAACACACAGUUUAGCACCAAUACUUGGUUACAACAAACUACCAAGAGUGUGUUAACACACUAAACAGAUAAUUCAUGUCCGUGUCUAGUUCCUUUCAUAACGCAGCAAAAAUUAAACGUUGGCUAGCUAGCACAUUAACACUGGAAACAACUCUCCACCGUUGCACUAAACAGAUAAUUACCAAUAAACGUUACCAGUAGCUACCCGCUAGCUAGCUAGCAUACCAAGAGUGUGUUAACACACUAAACAGAUAAUUCAUGUCCGUGUCUAGUUCCUUUCAUAACGCAGCAAAAUAUUAAACGUUGACUAGCUAGCACAUUAGCUAGCACAUUAACAUUGGAAACCACUCUCCACCAUUGCACUAAACAGAUAAUUACCAAUAAACGUUACCAGUAGCUACCCGCUAGCUAGCUAGCCUCGUGCUUCGCCGGGCUCCGCCGUAAACAAUACUUAAACAAUACGUAAACAAUACUUACCUACAAUAAUUGCCUACGGAAACCUACAAUAACUACCUAAAUAACUACCUAAAUAAACUACCUACCUACGAUCUAAAUACAUGGUUUAAGCUUUACUCAACACCAUAUGAGAAGCCAAGCUUACCUCCUGCUAGAGAAAACACAACCUCUCCCGACGAAGUCAGCACUGUAGGCUUGUACAUCUUGGGGAUCAAACACAACAGCAGAAUCUAAUCUAGUGCAUAGCUAUACUCAUUCAAGAGCAGUGUCUUUGAAGGCCACAUCUCUUCUGAGGCCAUCCAUGGUGACUCCUGUUUCCCACAUGGUAUCCCUCUCUUUCUCUCUACCUGUUUCCCACAUGGUAUCCCUCUCUUUCUCUCUACCUGUUUCCCACAUGGUAUCCCUCUCUUUCUCUCUACCUGUUUCCCACAUGGUAUCCCUCUCUUUCUCUCUACCUGUUUCCCACAUGGUAUCCCUCUCUUUCUCUCUACCUGUUUCCCACAUGGUAUCCCUCUCUUUCUCUCUACCUGUUUCCCACAUGGAAGACUUGGUAUUUUACCUAAUAGGCCUAUCUUCUGUAUACCCCCCUACCUUGUCACAACACAACUGAUUGGCUCAAACACAUUAAGAAGGAAAGAAAUUCCAUAAAUUAACUUUUAGCAAGGCACACCUGUUAAUUGAAUUGCAUUCCAGUUGACUACCUCAUGAAGCUGGUUGAGAGAAUGCCAAGCGUGUGCAAAGCUGUCAUCAAGGCACUUUUGGUUACUACAUGAUUCCAUAUGUGUUAUUUCAUAGUUUUGAUGUCUUCACCAUUAUUCUACAAAGUAGAAAAUAGUAAAAAUAAAGAAAAACCCUUGAAUGAGUAGGUGUGUCCAAACCUUUGACUGGUACUGUAUAUAUCCAUUGAUUCUUGAAUAAUAUAAUUUAUAAAUGCCUCAUGAGCUUAAUUCAACCCAAAAAUAGAAGCUUGUUUUUCUCCAAUGUUUCUAAACAUUGUAAAUGUAAACAACACUAUGACCUCAUCACAUGGUUAAAACAACACUAUGACCUCAUCACAUGGUUAAAACAACACUAUGACCUCAUAACAUGGUUACAACAACACUAUGACCUCAUCACAUGGUUAAAACAAGAAUGUUGAUGUCAUGGAUGGUCAGUCCUUGCAUCCAUAGCUCUGUCUAUUAAUCUGAGAGUAGUUACAUGUUUCCAGGCCCAUCCCUCAGCUUUUACCAAAACAGAGGCGGGGCGCCCGUUUUGUUAUUGUUUCAUCUGUGGAUUUGCCCUUUAAACAGCUGCAUAUUAUCAAGAUAUCAAAGUGUCCCCAAGACAAAGGUAAACAAUAGGUCGAUAGUAUAUGCAGCAUAUGGCUUCACUUUUCACGUCAAUAGCACUUUUCAGUAAUGCUCAAAGCCAUUCAAUGAGCACAGCAUUUAUUUUUCAACUUGAAUCAAUGAGCUCAAUCAGUCCUCCAUGACAACAAAAUCCUAACCAACCGAGUAGGGUUGUCUAGUAAGUCCUUCGUUUUGGGGUUAUGCUCAGCUAAAACACUUAGGCUAAUCUACACUUCCAUAUCUCCAAGUCCUAUUCUUGAAGAUCAAGGAGUAUAAAAUUUAUUUGAAUGACUGGAAUUCUGAUAGACUUUGGUUUUUAAUGUAAAGAUAUAAUUUAAUUGUAUUAUUAUCUGUAGUAGAAAGCGAUGGGUUAGAAGAAGCCUACAUAUCCAAUCCAUAAAAUAAAAUGUAACAUCAUAUAUGGCCAGCGAUGUAAACUUUAACAUUGAUUUAUCCUGCAAUAGAUGUCGUUCAAUUGUUUUGUCUUCUUCUAACGCCUCUUAAGAGGAAAGUAAUCUAAAAGUAACUGAAUUUAAUCAGAUUACGUUACUGAGUUUGGGUAAUCCAAAAGUUAUAUUACUGAUUACAAUUUUGGACAGGUAACUAGUAACUGUCAGGGAUUACAUUUAGAAAGUAAUCUACCCAAACCUGUCAAUAACUACAGCGAUUAAACCGUGAGUUCGGCAAUCUUACCUGUCAUGCGUGGUCAAUGUCUCUGUGUGAGUAUCAUAUCUAAGCUGAAAAGCCCAAAGCAUCUCCAUCAUGUGUGGAUAAGAUAACUCCUGUAAUAACUAAAGGUACCACAAUAUGCCUGAUACCACUUAGCAGAUGCUUUUUAUCCAAAGCUGUCUACAGUACAGUGCAGUGCAGUGUGUCUGAUCACGUGCAUGUUGGCUCACCACGGUGCACGGGCCUUCCUGACCCACUGGGACCCAUGGUCUGUAGGAGGGGGCGUGUCACACCAUUCCCAUGGUAAUGCUGCUGGUGUUCGGAGACCAACCUGACAAUACUCAGCGAUUGGCCAGUAAGGGAGUGGGUGUGGUCCUGGAUAUUAACCAUGUCACCGUGGAAACACUGCUUCAGGCGCUGGACGAGGUUGUCAACACCACCAGCUGA